UUCGAUAUUCUGUAAAGCGAGGAGAGCGUAAAGUUAUUCUAUGAAACUGAUGAAGUAUGUUUUAGUGGUCGGACCGAGAUUCAAACUCAGGUCUCUACAGUAAAUUCAUCGUUCUUUCUUAUAGUGAUCCCUGUGUCUCUACUGGAGCCAGGUUCCUCUGUGGGUCCCAGAUCUCACUGUCCCUUCUGGAGGCUUCCAGACAGCCACUGUUAGUGCCCAACCCUGAGAGAAUGGCUUCAGAUGGAGCAUCUCCACUGCCAGGACCAGAUAUGACCCUGAAACUGGGAGCCACCUUGUCUCCUUUCACUACGCUUCCCUUUUCCCCACCUACUCCUGGCGCACCAGACCAACCACCCUGGGAGCCACCUCCACAGCCUCCCCUGCCAUCUGCAUUCUCUCCAAGCAACCCUCUGGUGCUCUCUGCUUUCCCCAACCCGCUGCUGGUGACAGGGGACAUGGGCCCUGGUUCCAAUGGGGCUGGAGCUGGCAAGGUCAUUGUCAAAGUCAAGACAGAAGGAGGGCUGGCUGAGCCCUCUCAGACUCAGAACUUUAUCCUUACUCAGACCGCUCUCAAUUGGAUUGCCUCAGGUGCUUGCGGGGGGCCAGAGGCCCCUCCACCUCGAUUUGUGGCUACCUCUAACGUGAAGACCGCCCUACUCACGAAGGCAGCUGGGGUGAACCAGGAGGGUCCCCCAGGCCUUCCUCAUCAGGCUCCACCACCAGUUGCCCAACUGGCCCCCAUUUUGCCCCUGGAAAAGGCAUGGCUAGGGCCACAUGGAACCAGUGGGGAAGGAGGUCCUACAGCUGCCCGAUCCAAGCCCUCACUGGGUGAGCUCCCCUAUACUUCCAAGGGUGUUUAUGAGAACUUCCGUCGCUGGCAGCGCUACAAAGCCUUGGCCCGGAGGCACCUGUCCCAGACUCCUGAUGUGGAAGCUCUGUCCUGCUUUCUUAUCCCAGUACUUCGUUCUCUGGCCCGGCUGAAGCCCACCAUGACGCUGGAGGAGGGACUGCCAAGGGCUGUGCAGGAGUGGGAGCACACCAGCAACUUUGACCGAAUGAUCUUUUAUGAGAUGGCAGAAAAGUUUAUGGAAUUUGAGGCCGAGGAGGAGAUGCAGAUUCAGAAUGCUCAGCUGAUGAGUGGGUCCCAGGGCCUGUCUCCUGCAACUCCUUUGAAACUUGAACCUCCAGGGCCCCCAGCCCCUGAGGUUUGCCAGCAGCCAGUGUACAUUCCGAAGAAGGUAGCCUCUAAGACAAGGGCCCCCCGCCGGCGGCAGUGCAAAGCCCAGAGGCCUCCAAUUCCUGAGGCACCCAAGGAGAUCCCACCAGAAGCCGUCAAAGAGUAUGCUGACAUCAUGGAAGGGCUGGUGGGGAGUCACUUGGCCACUGGGGCUUUGAAUACAAAAUGGGAGGAACAACAGCAGGAAGAGGAAGAGAUGUAUCCAGAUCCAAGUCUCCUGAACUACAUUGAUGAGCUGUGCUCCCAAGAGGUCUUUGUUUCUAAGGUAGAGGCUGUCAUUCAUCCAAGAUUUCUGACAGAUCUGCUGUCUCCAGAACAACAGCGGGAUCCCUUGACCUUAACUGAAGAGCUGGAGCAAGAAGAAGGACUCACUCUUGCCCAGCUGGUCCAGAAGCGACUCCUGGCCUUGGAAGAGGAGGAGGUUGCGGAGGCUGCUCCCAGUUGCAGUGGAGCUCAAUCGAACUCAAGUCCAUCUGUCUCUGAUGAGGAUGAAGAUGGGAGUGGGAGGCUUCGGCCUUCACCUGGGCCUCAGGGGGCAGGGAGCAGUGUUCUCCUUGGAAAGGCUGCUUCUCCAGGAGAGCGGGCAAGAGAAGUGCAUGGUGGGCAGGAGCAGGCCCUAGAUAGCCCAAGGGGAAUGUGCAGGGAUGAGAACACAUUGCAGUCCUCCAGCAGCUGGGACCUGCAGUUAGAACUUGCAGCUCCACAGGGAACUCAGGGUCCCUUGGGUAUAGAAAGAACAUCUGGGAUGGUUAUAAACCAGGUAUCUCCACAUCAGGAUAGCCACCUGGGAGUUGCUGGGUCCCCUGGGCACUGCCUGGCAGCUAAUAGGACUUCAGAAACUUUGCCCCUUUGUUGGCUGGAAGACCCCCAGCCAGAGGACACUCCUGGUCUAGAUGAUGGAUUUGCAGAGCAGGCUCUUCUACAAGGACAGGAGUUAGAAGAGCAGGUCCUGGGGUUGCAGACAGAACAGAUGGGGGAUAAUGGACUGCUUCCUCAAGGGAAGGAGCCUUUAACAGUGCCCCAGGAAGGCUCUUCAGGAGCCAUGUGGGGAGAUGAUGGAGGUCCUCCCAUGGUUCAGGGUUGUGAUCAGAACCCUUCCCCUAUAGCAGCUAGGGAUGGGGACAGGGCUUCAUUCAGCCCUGAACUUUGGCUGAGCAGUGAGCUGGACGUUGUGGGCUUAGAGCUGCCUUUACAAAUUGAAGAGGUCAUAGACAGCUUCCAAGACAGGGAAGGUGUAACUGAGCACCAGGGCAGCUGCCAGGUGCUGGGCCCCAGAAGCACCAUUUCUGUAAGCCCUGCAGAAACCACAGCACCUGGGGAUGUAGGGAGUGGUGAGAUUCCCUGUGAAGGCACAGAUGCCACAGACGGCCUAGAAAAGAGAGACUACUGUAGCUUGCCAGGAUCUGUAAGGGCCAACCGCCCAGACUUGGGAUCCAAAGAAAAGAGAGAACAGAGCCCUGAGACCACACAGGAAGACCCCAGGGAUCUGUGGGCUGAAGGUUGCUCCUCAUUGCUAGAAAGCAAAAUCAGUACUUCGGCACUAGGGUCUUCCAAAGAAGUCUUCCUGUCUGCAUGCCGAGGCACUCUCCUUAACCUGGGAAGCCAGGAUGCCUCCUUCCUUGUGGCCAGCCAAGAAGCAAGGAGCAGAGGCAAUUCCCUUUCUCCUCUUUUGGAAACCACAGAACAUGUCAACAUAUUAGAUAUGACAGAUGACUGUGGCCUUCAAUUAGGAAUCAGUGAGGAGACCUGUCCACCAAAUUCAAAUCCUUAUGACCCUCAAGGAGAGGGCAAGGAGGAUACUCAUUUGUCCAAGCCUAAAGACCUUGCUCCUUUACAAGAGAAUGAAGAGUCUUACACACUCAGGACUCCCAAAUCACCCUGUCCUCCCCAGGGCCUUAGAAGCAUUUCCUCUGUACAGGGGACCAGGGAUGCCUUAGCUCUGAAAGAAAGCUCUCCUGUUAGUCAAACACACAGCUCAGCAGAGGGGACCCAAGGGAAGGAGAAAAAAGAGGAGGAAGACGAGGAACUGUCCGAUUUUGCCUACCUCUUGGCCUCUAAACUUAGCCUGUCACCAAGGGGGCUUCUCAGUCCGCGACAUGCCUCAGGUGGUCGGGGUAGCCAGCGGGCAUCCCACUCCCUCUCUGUGGAGGCAGGAGGCCUUGGCCAACUCCCAUAUCCUAUUGCCAAGUCUGGGAAGCAAGUUGUAGCUAGAGGUGCAGCCCCUGCUGAAAAGAUGCCUCAUCCAGGAGCUCAACCUGGAACCCCUGGGGAGAAGCCCUCAGUUCCUGGAGUGGUUCGACCCUCCCAGCCCCGUAAAAGGCGGCGUGACAGUUUUGUCACAGGCAGAAGGAAGAAACGGCGCCGUAGCCAGUAGGGACCACCCCAUCAUACCCCAGGCCCCCAAAGGUGAGCACCUCAGAGAGGAUAUCACACACCUUCUCACCAAGGGAGCACUUGCCCAGCCCAAAGUUUUGUUCUGCAAAAGUGGCAAGUGUGGGGAGCGAGGUCUUAGUGGGAAGUACCUUUGGAAGAGUUAUGUGGAAAAGAAAAUGAAUAAAGAUCUUUUUGUUGUUGGAAAAUGCUCCCAGUGGGCCCUUCUGUACUUAUGCCUUUGCUGCCAGAUAGGAUGAGAUGCCACAAAGAUAGGAGGUGGGGGUAGUUCCAGAUUCCACGCAUUCAGGCACCUCUCUUAUCUCACCUCCAGCUUCUUCAUCACAAUAGACUGCCUUUCAGGCUAAGUCCCAAAACAGAGAAAUCUCCAAUCAUCACUUUAUUCAUUCCCCUCUUCACAAGCCCAGGGAGGGCUUAUCUGGAUGUCCUAUUAUUAUCAGCCUCUCUUUAAGUCUCUAGAUGGAAAGAUGCUUUUUUAUCCAUCAGAUCUCUGGCACAGAGAUCUCAUUUUCUAAACCUAAUUAAUUUUCCAUAAUUGUGUCUAGAUGCAGCAUUGUUAGGGAGCCUUGUUUUCUUCCUUGAAAAGAGGCUGGAAAGGCUGGGCAGAAAGGACCUAAGUGUCCUCAGCUCAUCUGUGACAGAGCAACCCUCCUGUAUGGCUGGUAUGACCUGCAGAGAGGCGGCGGCUUUCUUAUGGACACAGCUCUCUGCUCCCACUACAGGCAACAGAAUCAAGUCUCAGUAGGAUUACUAAAUAUGGAAUGGUAGUAAGCUAUUUUUAAUCUCUAAUGAGGGCAGAACAAGAGGGAACAGGCUGAAAGAGGUUUGUGAGGAAGUCCGUCAAGAUGUGCAUAUAUGAGAUGACCACAGGAGGGGAGGACACAAAAUCUCUGUACAAUUUCUCUGCAGGGAACAGCCCUGUCCAUCUGGGGGUGAGGCAGCUUUUCAUCUAGCUCUGGCCAAGAGGACUAGCCUUGGAAUUCUUUGGGAUCUUCCAGUGGGCAUCCUGCAACCAUUCAUCCCUUUCCUUCCCAACUCAUGAUUAUCAUCAUUGUGACGGAACUUCAUUUUUUUAAUAGAUAUAUAUAUAUAGAUUUAUAUUUAUAUAUAAAAUAGUUUCUUACAAAAAAAAA